GCAUUAUCAUUAUUGGGAAUGGGAAUAUGGGAUUAUGGGAAUCCCCCAUCUCCAGAAUGGUAUGGUAUGAAGAGAAGAAUGAGAACAGUGUCCACUUCUUUUUUUUUAGCUCGUACGAGGUCAUUCUGCUUACCUGCCUGCCUGGCGGUUGUUUUCUUCUUCUACACUUUUACUCUACAAUGAUAAUGAAGAGGAAUAUUAUUUGGUUUUCUGGUUAUUGUUUUUUCGGUUCUCCUUCCGAUUUUCCGGUACAGGAGUUUUGAAGAAACAAAAUUGAUUGAUUAAUGAUUAUCAUGUGGGGGUUUUCUAUGGGUUGUGAUGUGGUUGUGAUGCUAUGUCAGGGGUCAGGGUCUGGCUUUAUAAAAUUUACACUUUGCAGCAAUUUAUAAAAUUAUUUUGGAAAGUUUGAUCAAUACAUGUGUCUUUUGAACUAUCCCUGUCACAAAAAUGGAAUCUGAUAAACUGAACUCGGAUUCUCCCACAAUUGAAGUGAAAACAAAAAACAAAUCAAAGGCAGAUGAAAAUGUUUCAGAAAUAUCUAUCAAAGAGUUUUUGAAUUUUUUGAAAACCGCUUAUCAGGUUCAAGAAAGUGUUGAAAAUUUCAUGAUAUCUAAUGGGAUGACAGAAGCUGUAAAUUGGCUGAAGCUCAAAGAAAAUCAAUUGGUAUUACAGCAAAAUAGCAUAAGUUCUCAGACUUCCAAUGUGUUAUUGUCAGAAGAGAAUAUAGAAGCAAAUCGAAAAAAGAGUAUGACAUGUGCUUCAGCAGAUUCACUCAAAGUGAAGCUGAAUGAGGUGUUGACAGAGGGAUUAUUAGAUUCAGUGUUACCAUACUUGCUUCCAACUCAUCCACCUACUAAGAAACCAUCUUCCAGAGAGAGACCUCAUACAAGUCACUCCAGCCAUGUUCUAAAUAAUACUUCUAGUGAUAAAGUUGUGACCAAACAUAGAUCAAGUGAUGUGGUUUUGAAAAGUAAUGUUCCCAAAUCUGGAUCAGAAGUUGAAAUCCAUGUAUGUGAUGAAGUUAAAAGUUCAAAGAAGACAUUUUUCUGCAAUCAGAAGCUGUUGGUGGCAAAAAUGGGAUAUUUUGCAGAUGUAACACAAGGCCAACGUUUGGAAGAUAUGGACAUCUCAGUUCACUGCGACAUCGGCAUUUUCGAAUGGCUGAUGCAGUGGGUGAAAAAGGACGACCUACAAGAAGACGAUUGGCCCCAGUUGGAUGCCCAGUGUGUCAUACCGAUACUGGUGUCUGCCGCUUUCCUACAGAUGGAGCCACUGCUCAACGAUUGCCUGCUGUUUUGCCACGAACACAUGAACGAGAUUUUGCGAACGAACACGAAUCUGUCUUGCUUGAACGAUUCCGUUCUGACUAGAUUAGCCGCCAUGUACACGAACUCCGAAGUGGAGUCGAUGAAGGACAGAAAGGACAAGAUCCAGUCUCGUCUGUUCACCAAAAUGAUCCAAUCGUUGGCCGAUCCAGAGCCGGAAGGUCUCCGCGGCCAUUGGCGCUCCUUGGCCAGAGUGUUUCGGUGCGAGAAGUGUCGCUCGCUGAUCGAUCCCGACACGGCUUCGCAAAUACCCUGUAUAGCGCCGUGCAUGCGGAUGCAACCUGACGGGUCGAUACGGAGUUUGCACGUCAGGGACCUAUCUUGGAACAUCAACGACUACAUCCUCGAGUUGCACAAGUCCCUCCGCACGUGGCGCAGAGUGUAUUGGCGCCUGUGGGGCGACGCGCACUUCUUCUAUUGCACCGCCUGCGAGCGGUACUUCCCCUCGUGCCAGAUCGGCUGGUGUCGGUACCACCCGGACGGGCCGCAAUUUUUCACGUUGGACGCGCAAAAAGCGCCGCUGCCUAUUGGUCGGUACCCUUGCUGCGGCGAACGGGCGUACCGGUACCAGUUGCUGGAGAACUUCUCCGGGUGCCAUUUCAGACAGCAUACGGUGUGUACGCAAGAUGUGAAAGAAUCUGCUAUAUUCACAAUGUUAGAAACGUACCGGCAUCUGAUAGAAGAAGAACCGCCACAACUUUUGUUUCCUGAAAGAUUGACAAGGCUCGUUGCUAGAGAUCCGAGCGCUGCGGAUAAAAAGUUCGUGUGCAAAGAGUCGUUUUGGUGGGACGGCUUGGAGAUCAUCCCGCCUCGUCCCAAGCUCGGGCUGCUGAGCAACUUCGCCAACAGAAGUGACAACGAGGCGAAUGCGUUCGAAGACAGCUCCGACGAUUGCGAAGAGGACGACGAUGAGUCAUCUUCGACCACGUCUUCUGAAAGCGACGAGGGUAGCACCGAAUGCGACCCGCAACCCAAGAAAAUCGUCCAAAGGAAGAAGACGAAGAGAAAACACGAGUCGAGAUUAUGGCAACACAAUUUGUCGGCUAGAAGCAAUCAGGACGUACAAAGGGCAUACGAAGAGAAUGCUGUCAAAGCGAUGACGGCCAUGCUGAACAAAAAUAUCGCUAAUGAUAACUUGGGAAGAUGCGUGAGGUCCAAGAACAAUACACCAAUAGGUGGCAUCUGGACCAGAUUGGAGGCAGACUGGAAAGAAAGUUGCAAUCAACAGAACGCCAGCCAACAGAAACCGAAAAACCUCUUCACUGCUGGCACAGCAAAAUUCAGUAAAUUCAGGGGCAAAUGAGACCGUCCGGUCUCAAAAAUAAACGUCACGCCAUUUUCAACAGUCUAGUUUAUUAUUAUACACAAUAAUUAAAAGUAAAUACAACAAAUACAUAUUUGAACCUCGGAUGUAACGGACAAAUAAAAAUGGAAUAUAAAAAAUUUCUGGCGACACUCUUUUCUAAUUCUGUCGAGUUCGGAGCUGUGGUGAUAUAUAAACGAAAAUUCAUUCAAUUCAAGAAGAUUCGGCUAGUCUCUCCGCCUUUUGUACGACCUCUUCGAUAGGUCCGACCAUGUAGAAAGCCACUUCGGGCAAGUGAUCAUAGUCUCCGGCGAGAAUCUUCUGGAAUCCCUGCAAAAC